AUGUCGGUGGUAAUGAGUUAUCUAUACGACUUUGAUGUCGGUCAGCGCACGGCUUGUAUCGACCGGUUAAACGGCACCCAAACGGCGCGCACGGCGUCCGCCCGACUCGCCCUACGUUUGGCGGCCAAAGAUCUAGCGGUCAGCGAAAACGUAAAGCUCUUAUUCUUUGUCAACUCAUCGCUGGGCUUCUUAGCAUUGGCCGCGACUGUACUGACGAUUCCCAUCGAGAUUCGGGUAUUUAUCAAUGAGCACCGGAACCGGUGGUACUCAACCGGCGCCUACUAUUGGAGCAAAUGUCUCGUUGAGUUACCCGUAUUGACGCUCAUUGGGGUUAUCUAUUCAACAAUGGUGUACUUCAUCAGCGAUCAAGAGUCGGACGCAUUCCGGUGGGCGUACUUUACGAUGAUUGUGGCGUUUAUAAAUGAAAAGAAUGUAUUGACAAUUGGCCUCAUAUUGUCUGCCAAUGGAUUAGCGCCCAAAGUGUUGGGUGUUUUCGAUACGGGAAUUAUACUGGAAUUUAUUAAUGGUCGCUAUUUCGGUGCCAGUGAUGAUCAAAACCCGAUAGCAGUGUCACUGUUGGGCCAAAAGUUGGCAAAACUUCACUCAUUAGAAAUGCCGGUCAUUAAAGAUAAUUCACAAAAUCGGAUGAAUUCAAUGUUUAGCGACAAUUAUUUUAGUCCAAAACUAAGACAAUCACUCAAAGAGGGGGCCGUUUAUGAAGAGAUAAUGAGAAAUAAUUACCAAACUUUUCAGACACUGGAUCUGUCGACUGAGAUGUCAUGGCUUAAGCCGAUUAUACUCGACCUCAAGAGUCCGAUUGUCUUCACUCACAACGACUUCAAUCGGAAAAACAUUUUAAUCCGCGAAACAAAUGAUGAAAACCCGCAACAAAUGGACAUUUAUUUUAUUGAUUUUGAUUUUUCGUCGUAUAACUAUAGGGGCAUUGAUUUUGGCACGUAUUUCAGCAGUUGGUGUCACCGGGAAAUACCCUAUGGUUUUGGAGACUACCCGACGGAUGACCAGAUGCUGGUAUUCAUCGACGCCUAUAUCCGGGAAAUGACAGCAAUUAAUGGCAACUCUUUUACACAAUUGGAGAUCAAUUCACGACAAAGGCUUAUAAAGGAGGCGAAAGUCGAUGGCUUCAUUAACAAAAUAUACUAUUGUUUUCUACCCGAAGACAGCAAUAAUAUCAAUGAUAAUAAAGUAGUCUUCAGAUGUCAUGACCACAACGAAUGGCAAGCGUUCAUCAAUGAGAAGAAUGUGUUGACAAUUAGUCUCCUAUUGUCUGCCAAAGGGUUAGCGCCCAAAGUGUUGGGUGUUUUUGAUACGGGAAUUAUAUUGCAAUUUAUUGAUGGUCGCUAUUUCGGUGCCAGCGAUGAUAUAAACCCGAGAGCAGUAUCACUAUUGGGCCAAAAGUUGGCAACACUUCACUCAAUGGAAAUGCCUUUCAUUAAAGAUAAUUCACAGAAUCGGUUAAACGGUAUUCUCGGAGACAAUUACUUUGACCACAAACUCAGACAAUCAUUCAUCGAUGGUUUGGUGUAUAAAGAGAUAAAUAAACAUCACUACAAAGCCCUGCAGACACUGGAUCUGUUGGCGGAGAUGUCAUGGCUUAAGCAAAUGAUUGUCGACCUCAAGAGUCCGAUUGUCUUCUCUCACAACGACUUCAAUCGGAAAAACAUUUUAAUUCGCGAAACAAAUGAUGAAAACUCGCAACAAAUGGAUAUUUAUUUCAUUGAUUUCGAUUUCUCGUCGUAUAACUAUAGGGGCACUGAUUUUGGCACAUAUUUUAGCAAUUGGUGUCACCGGGAAAUACCCUUUGGUUUCGGAGCCUUCCCGACCGAUGACCAGAUGCUGGUCUUCAUCGACGCCUAUAUCCGGGAAAUGACAGCAAUUAAUGGCAACUCUUUUACACAAUUGGAGAUCAAUUCACGUCAAAGGCUUAUAAAGGAGGCGAAAGUGUUUGCUUUAUUGACAUUUAUAAUUAACACAAUAUUCUGUAUUCAUAAUGCUGUCAAUCAUGGCAUGACUAAACUCUUGUGCCGGUAUUUUACCGGUAGUGAUGAUCACAACCCGAGAGCAGUGGCACUAUUGGCGCAACGGUUGGCGCGAUUGCACACAACGGAAAUGCCUGUCCCUAAAGACAACACAAAGAUGUGGUUAAACAGUAAUUUUGGUGAUAAUAAUUGGUUUGACGACACAAUCAGGCAAUCACUCAAAGAGGGAUUAGUAUAUCAAGAAAUACAGAGACAUCAAUACGAGACACUUCAGACACUGGAUCUGUUGGCAGAGAUGUCAUGGCUUAAGAAGAUUGUGGUCGACCUCAAGAGUCCGAUUGUCUUCUCUCACAAUGACUUCAAUCGGAAAAACAUUUUAAUGCGCGAAACAAAUGAUGAAAACUCGCAACAAAUGGAUAUCUAUUUAAUUGAUUUUGAUUUCUCUUCGUAUACCUAUAGGGGUAUAGAUUUGGGUAAUUAUUUUGGCACUUGGGGUCAAAAGUGGCCGAACUAUGACUGGGAAGAGUUCCCAACAGAUGACCAGAUGCUUGUCUUCAUCGACGCCUAUAUCCGUGAAAUGACAGCAAUUAAUGGCAACUCUUUUACACAAUUGGAGAUCAAUUCACGACAAAGACUUAUAAAGGAUAUUGUGACGACCGAAGAUCGGCAUAAAGUGUACGACUUAUGCAAAACACAUUUAUCGGGCAAAUGGGCCGAAGUUAGUGAACACGAGCUCAUUAUACGCCACAAUACCCAAGGUUUUAUGAAUAAACUAUUUUACUGUUUUUUGCCCGAAAAUAUUGACACACCCUAUAAUAAAGUGGUCGUCCGGUAUAAUGACUAUCAGGCCUUUGAGGGCUAUUACCAGUGCGAACACGUUGUGGCCAUAAGUGUUAUAUUGUCUGAAAUUGGUUUAUCACCAAAACUGUUGAGUGUAUUCGGCGAGGGAACUAUCAUUGAGUUCAUUGAGAGCCGACAUUUCAACGCCGACGACUACCUGAGCCCGAAAACGGUCACAAAAUUAGCCCAAAAAUUGGCGACAUUUCACUCGUUAACAGUUCCGGUGCCGAAGAAUAGCGCAGAACACACGCGGAGUAAUAUAUUUGACAAAUGGUUUGACCAAAAGUUUCGGCUCUCUGUCCGGUCGGGUGCCGUCCGGAAACACAUUGUGGCCGCAAAUUUGGCCACAUUUUUGCGGCACGAUUUUGUGACGGAGACCGAUUGGUUCCAGAGGGCUGUCCGCGACCUCCAGAGUCCAAUUGUCUUCUCGCACAACGACUUUAAUCGCCGAAAUAUACUGAUCCGCGAAACGCGUGAUAAUAAUAACACCACCGGUUCUGCCGCUGAUAAUACCGACAAUACUGGUCACACUAUGGCCGAUAUAUACCUCAUAGACUUUGAUUGGUCUAACUAUAACUAUCGGGGCCUGGAUUUUGGCCAGUAUUUCAGUCGAUUCGGUCAAUUGGACACCGAUUUCGGCGCCGGAGACUUCCCGACCGAUCGCCAGAUGUGGCCAUUCAUUGACGCCUAUAUCGACAAAAUGUGUGAUAUUUAUGGCAAUUCUUACGCAGAAUUAGAGAUCAAUUCACGCGAUGUAAUCAUUAAAGAGACUAAAGUGUUGGCACUAUUGGCUUAUAUCAAGGAUAUACUGUAUUGUAUGGAUUGUGUCACCACUGCUGACAGUCCCGAAAUGAUG